AGUGUUGGUGUUGCACAGUGAGAAUACCGCAGAAGAAGAUUAAGUAUUGUAAACACAGGGAUAUGGCUGACGAGAGGGGUGGAGGUGAAGACAACAUAGACGACAACAUGGGGAACCAGCUUCAGCUUUUACCAGGUAACAGACAAACUCCCUGACUGAUAGGUGAGUCUGUGAGUUUGUGUUUCACUGCGAGGGGCGUUUAUUUCUUGUGUUUGCGAACUGCUAGCUAACACAUUUUCACAACAGGCCACUCUCAUCCUGACUGGUUUAUUUUCAAGAUCCUCUGCUUUCGGUUUCUUUUCUGUUUUUAACGUGAGAGACACUUAUAAAGAUGGUGCAGGUGCGGCUUUAAGAUUUAGUUUAAGCGAUAUAACCAGUCUCACUUGAUGCGUUUUUGCUUCCCGUACUGUGACAGACAAUGAGGCAGAGGAGGAGGAAGAUGAUAUGGAGACUGAGGACCGAGACAGUGAAGACGCAGAGAAGCCAAACAUCAUCACCUUUGACCCCAGUCUUCCCACUUCACAUGCUGUGAGUGAGAACACAGCUGUCACUCUCUUCAAACAAUGACAGUUUCCACUUUAACUAACAUACAAGAGCAGUUUAACCCUCAAAGGGUGUUUUUGUAGCUGUCAGAUGAGCUGUAAAGUUGGCUCCAGCAGCUGUUGUGCUCAUGUUAUGUUGUGUGUCAACAGUACCUUGGCUCAGACAUGGAAGAGUUUCAUGGCCGCACAGUCCAUGAUGAUGACAGUUGUCAGACCAUCCCUGUGCUGCCACACACAGCUGUGAUGCUGGUGCCAGGUCAGACUCUGCCUCUACAGCUCUUCAGGCCACAGGAGGUCAGCAUGAUGCGGAGUAUCAUUCAGAAAGACCGCACCUUUGCUGUGCUUGCUCAUAGGUAUGAAAUGGCUCUGAGUACUUUUGCGAUCAUUUCAGGAGAAAUUUUCAGAAAAUAAGUCUGAUGGUGUCAUGGGGUUUAAUGGACUGACUUUAAGGGAUAUUCCGGCAUAAAAUUAAUUUAGGGUCAAACACACCAUAGCACCGAGUUAGACACCCCCUCUAGAGAUGAAUGUUGCAGACCGCUUGCUUCUCUAGUUAUACCAACUUUAGUAACGACCGUAGGAUAGCAAUACACAGCGGUCUGAGGAGCCAUAAACAAACCUCAACCAAAACGCCACUCUAUAGCCACAAAUAAUGUUCAGAACAGCACCUAACUUCAUCAACAGUACAUAUAGGGUCCCAGCCACAGCAGUAGCCACCAAACUUUGACUUUGACUGAUUUCUUUAGCAAAGAGACUAAACACAACUCACCUACUCUCUUCCAGCAGCUGCUUGUUUGUAGUGAGAUCUCUGGCUAAUCCAUUAUGGACUGCUGCAGAGUGAUGCAGCUCAAGGAAGAACAUUUAUGAUCAUUUCUUUAUCAUUUUCUUGAAGUAAUAACCAUCCAAAAGUGGAUCCCUUCCACAAAUUUAUCAAAAACCACUCUUAAUAUUCCCACACGCUGUAUGAUUUCUAUAUGUAUUAACAGAAAACAAAAUCUGGGGGCAGAGGAGAGAAAUAAAAAAGUCAGUUGGGUCAAACUUCACAGGCUAAUCACUGACUCCAAGUGAGCGAGAGAAAGCUGGACAGAAGAAGCAACAGAAAAAAUGAAAGAGCGAGAGCAACAGUAAACUGUCAAACAGUCGGUGGAUGCUUUUGAAAAAGGACUCAAAACCUUCCUCUUUCGGAAAGCCUACCCAGACUAAUUUUAUCUGAUUUUAUCUGCUGACUGUUUUUUAUGCUGACUAUUUUUUAUUGUUUUGCCCUGUUGCUUGGUUUUUACUGUUAUUGUUGUCUUGUUGUGCACUUUGAGAUUUGUUUUUAAAUGUUAAGUGCGUUACAAAUAAAAUCUAUUAUUAUUAUUAUUAUUAAAUGAUCGACUCACCUACUCUCGAGGUCUUGCUACAAACAAGCGGCUGCUGGAAGAGAGUAGGUGAGUUGUGUUUAGUCUCUUUGCUAAAGAAAUUAUGCAAAACUAUAAAGAUGCUUGGUAUCUAGUGCUGUGGCUAAGACCCUAUAUGUACUGUUGAUGAAGUUAGGUGCUGUUCUGAGCAUUAUUUGUGGCUAUAGAGUGGCUUUUUGGUUGAGGUUUGUUUAUGGCUCCUCAGACCGCUGUGUAUUGCUAUCCUGCGGUCGAUACUAAAGUUGGUAUAACUAGAGAAGCAAGCGGUCGGCAACAUUCAUCUCUUGAGGGGGUGUCUAACUUGAUGUUAUGGUGUGUUUGACCCUAAAUUAAUUUUACCCCAGAAUGUCCCUUAAGAGUUUAAAAAAAUCCAAAGUAUGUUAGUUGGCAUAAAUUUGAUGAAUGUAUAUUAAAAUAUUUGUGUAUGUAACCAUGCUUUAGUAAAAUAAGGUCCCAUGAGGUCACAGUGUUGUGCAUAUUGCAACUUCAUUACAUCUUCUUUGAAGGAUGAGGUAUCCAGGGUUUGGGGUUUAAUUUAGUCAAUAGAGUCAAAAUAAGGAUAUUGUUACCAAACCUUUCAAGUAUAUCUUCAGAGAUGAUUUUAAAGUGUUUUUGUAUUUUAAUUUUCAACUGUCUUCUGUGAAAUAUCUCUCUGUAGGGAUUCUGGUGACCCACAGGCAGAGUUUGGGACAACAGCUGAAAUCUAUGCAUAUCGAGAGGAGCAGGAAUAUGGAAUCGAAACUGUUAAAGUAAAAGCUGUGGGGAGGCAGAGAUUUAAGGUCCAUGAGAUCAGAACUCAAGCAGACGGGUGAGUUGAAUUACCAAGAAAAAAAGUGAAAUCAAAGUUCAAGGUUUAAUAAAUGUAUAUAGAUUUCACACGAAUAUCAGUUUUACUAUGAAACAAGAACGUUUUUUUUUUUUUUUGCAAGGACCUACAGCACUCAAGGUUUCAAUUCGAAUUAUUCCAUUAUUCUCUGUUAAUAACUGAACUAAGUCUGUAGAGCAGAAAGGUGGUCUUGUCUGUAAUGUCAGUCCAUGUUAGUGGUGAUAACAAUCCACACAUCUUUUUGUGCUCCCAAUACUUUGAGUCAACAGAUCAGUGUUUCCUUAAGUGCUGCUCCCUUAGCUGACAGCUAGAGGGCAGACCAACUCUACUUACAGUCAUCUAGGUGAACUACAAACACCGCUACAUGUUCAUACAUGAAGAGUGCAGAUCUAUAGUCUCUUACGCAUAAGAGUUUUUGGCCAGGCUUUACCAGUUGUCACUUGUCUUUAAAGGUGACAUAGAAGUGAUUUUCUUUUUUUUUUCCAUGAGUUAAGCUGUAGUUUGUUUUUAGUAUUCAUGAGAAAAAAUAAUACCCAUUCUGUGUGCCUGUAUGUGACGUGAUAUGGUGUGAGGAGACCAGAUGAGGCUGCUGGUUUUUGUUCACCCAUCAUACCACAAAAACAAACAUUUCAGUGAAAUUCAGUGCCAACACAAUAGCCAACACUGAAUGGUUUUACUUUUUAAACUGCAUAAUAUCUUUUGGAUACAGCUUAAUAGAUUUUUAUGGCUAUUUGGUUGUUUAUUUAUGAAUGCUUGCAUGACCGGGUGUCAGGAAGUUCACUGGGUGCGCCCAGUUAGGAGGUUGGAGGAAUAGUCCUCAUUGCUGCUAUGUACAAUACACAGACAGCCUCUUUUUUUAUAAUCGUCUUAGAUUUACAAACAUCCUGUCACACACCAGCUAAUAUUUAGCCGGUCCACCAUUUGUUUAAUCUGUUAUUCAUCUGCUCCAUUUCACUCCUGUGCUCUCGUUCACACUUCCCUCCGUGCCUGUCUUUUGUUCCUCUACCUGUGUCAUUGUGUCUGUUUGUUUUUCUCCUCAGGAUCAGGCAAGCCAAAGUACAGAUUCUUCCAGAACGAAUCCUUCCAGAUCCCCUCUCCGUCGUACAGCUCACUACCUUCUCCAGGCUCCAUGUGCAAACAGGCUCGCCCAAACCCCCAACUCAGAGUUGCAAACAGGCCCAGUGCUGGUGGAAUAACUACCAACAGGUCAGACACACAACACACCAGUGCAGCAACUGUAUGAAAUGUAUCUUGUCACUACAGAAAAGUUGCGCAGGCCCAGUAUAUACCCUGUUUAGUCUUACAUGACUUAGUCUUAGCCCUGUUUAAUAAUUAGAACAGUUUCAGUGUUAAUUUGAUGUCUGAAUACAUAUGAAGUCUUUUGGGGAGUUCUUUGUUCAAGUCAUGUAAAUGAUCAUGUGCUAUUAGAUGUUAAAUUUUACAUUGACAAACUCAUAAAGACAACACAGCUGAUCAUCGAGCAAGACAUAUUUGAACAGUCUUGAUUGAGCAGUUUCACAAGGUUACAUACUAUUCCAGUUGUUGACCUCGUACUCUUAGUGUUAACAUACUAAUAAUUGGAUCUGGUUGUUGAUUCUUAUUGAUUCUUGAUUUCAAGUCCAUUAUGUGUAAGGUGUAGUACAACAACAAAUACCUAAUGAACAAAUCUCAGCACAUAAUGAUAUCAAGCAAGACCCAAAUCUGUGGAUAGCCCCAUAAAUAACCAGAUAAGAGUAAAUCUGAAUAUCUAAAUGUUGGUGACUCGAUCGUGGAAAAGGGGUGUAACCUCAUCACCGUUUCUUGUCACUGCAGGGGGCACAGUUUUCACUUUGCCCUUAAUUGCAUAUUAAUCCACAAUGUCUCCUCAUAUGGUCAAGGGGUGCUCUCUGAACUUGUAUUUGACAAAAAUAUUUGAAAUAUUUGUAAAAGUGAUUAGUUUAGCUCAACAUAAAUGGUACCAAUUAAUAGUAUAAAUAGUAAACCGGCUGUGUUUUGUACCUGAGUGUGGACGAAUAUUCGUAUAGCUGGUGCCAUGAGCAGUGGCAUUUCUGUAAACAGGAGACAGCAGCACAUCUGCGCAUUCCUUCAAAUCACAUUAUGCUGUUCACAAGUGCUUCGCCAUAUAAGACGUCCUUCCUCCCUUGCAUGAAAUGUCUGUGCCACAUAUGUUGGACUUGGCUGUGUCCUCUAAAUCUUGGACCAUUUGCUGCAGUCCUCCAGGACCUGCUUCUCAACUCUCUGUCAACAAACUGCGUCACAGAUUACAUAAUGUUGUGUUAACACAGCAGGUUCUGGUAGAUAGGAGGAACUUCUGUGAGGUGCAGAAUUCUCAAAGGUAUAAUCAUGAAAGGUUAAAGUUGCUUUAAGAACCCAAUGAAGGGACCAAAAUUCACCUGACUUAUUGAAUCCAUAAGUCUCAAAAAUGCCACCACACAGUAUUUCCUGAAUUAGUACAAUAUGUAAAUAUGGGAUGUGAUACAAUUAUUUAAUUGAUAAAUUGUCGGAAGGACUAAAACCAAACUUGGAACAAUCCAGAUCAUUUAUUUAUUACAGAUUCAACAAGAUUUAUCUGAGUUUGUUUGUUUGAGAGGAUAUUUAUACGUCUUUGUGAUCUAGAUAGAUAUACAGUCAACUCAAGGCAAUGCACUGACACCACCUCAUGGAGUUCAAGAAAUAUUAUUAACUAAGUAAUCAAUUAAUUUGAGAGAUAAUGAAGUUGUGUUUGCAUUAUUGAUUCAAUUACCAGAAGUGUGCAGACAGUCCAUUUAAUUUGUUUACCUUUAUUUUCUUUAGUCAGGGCUAUUAAUUGCAGGUAAAUGAUUUCUUAAUUAUGCAUCUAUACUUGAAACAAUUAGCGUUUGUAACUCUUUGGCACCAGGUGAAAGAGCCCUACCAUAGAAGUAGAGGACUUAAUUCACAGGGAAAAGUCAGUGUUUGGAUUUCAUGUAUGGAUCCUCACUCACUGUUAGACAUGUUGUGUAACCCUCCUCCCGUGUUAGGGUCUGCACCGACCUGUUUUUGUUUAAAAAAAAAAAAAAUCACUUAAAUUAGCUUUUUUGCAUCAAGACUUUUUGACUUUUGUCAGGAACUUAUAUUUCAACAAAAUAAAAAAUAAAAAAUUAAUUUGACUAAAUUAUAAAAUACUCUUAUUAAAAUCAUGGCACUUGUCGUGUUAGGGUCGCUGUUGACCAAGUUAGGUUAAUAUCUAAUAAUUCCAGAAAAAUUCUCAUUUUGCUAUUUUUUUCCCUGCACAAAAAACAACGUCAGGCAUGUCCAGACAUGUGAGAUCAGUUCAGUAUUGAUGUCUGUAUGAGGGGUAUACUGACAAAGAAAGGCCCAGAGGACCACAACAAACAAUAUUAUCAGCAAUAUUUUCACGGAUAAUGAAGCGUAACAAGAUAACCUAGAGAUGAGAACCAAAUUGGAUGAUAGAAAAUUGUUUUUAGUGUAAUUUACAGCUGAUUUAAGACACGGAUAAUGAAGCCUAACAAGGUAACCUAGAGAUGAGAACCAAAUUGGAUGAUAGAGAAAUGUUUUUUAGUGUAAUUUACAGAUGAUUUAAGACACAGGUCGAAACCGACCCUUAACAGAGUGAGUGCGAAGUAAAAGCUAGGAGGAAGGGUAAGUCCGAAAUAGCAGCAUGAUUUGGGAAGAGAAACUUUUAAGUAAUCAUUAUCUGUAGAUUAAAUUUGUUAAUAGCGUGUCUGUUUUUCAUCACAGAGGAAGUUUCAUAGUGCCAGUCUGACACCAUGGCCACCCUGGGUCUAUGCUCUCUAUGACUCUGUAAGUACCAGGGCCCAUAUGCAUUGUACAGAAUUUCCACUGCAUGUAAACAUCAUGGGAGUGAAUGUAAACCAGCAGAUCAUCCUCCUGUGUUUCAUGUUACAGGAGUCGCUCAUGAACAGGGUGAAGAAACAGCUCCAUGAAUGGGACGAGAAUCUGAAGGAUGACUCCCUCCCGACGAACGCCAUAGGUCAGCCCCUGUUCAGUGUGUUACAGAUGGAUAGCAGAGGCAUACACAUAUGCACACGUACUGCUGCGUUCUUUGUGCCUUCUGUCCUUCCUCCUCAUCCUUCUCUCUUCUCUGCCUGUCUGGUUUCUGUCAGACUUCUCCUACAGAGUGGCGGCCUGUCUACCCAUAGACGAUGCUCUACGGCUCCAGCUGCUGAAGAUCGGCAGUGCCAUUCAGAGACUUCGCUGUGAGCUAGACAUAAUGGACCGGGUAAGGACAGGUCACACCGAACCCUUCCUCACCUAACACCAUAGCACAAACACCAUCUUCCCCUUUGUUCUGUGAUAAGAUCUAGAUCUGACGUCCCCUCUUUUGUUUAACAGGGUCUGUUUUUCCCCACUGAGGUUCUGUGGUAUAUUUAACUCUGCCUGAACUGGGCUGACGGAUGUGAGGCUGCUGUGAUCUUUCAGCCUAAGUGUUUAGAGAUCAUUUAAUGUUAGCUCUGAAAGCUGGAUUUUAUCCUACGAACAAAACUGUUAUAAUAUACUUUAUACACAAGCAAUCCCUCAUGGUUGGUCUGCAAAAAGGCACAUUUAGUGAAUGUUCCCUACAAGAGCAUUAUUCACACAGCAGACGUCGGUCAUUAACAAGGUGACUUCUACAGUGGUAAGACCCUUGUGCCCACAAAGUGAUGAUAUUCAUGGUUUGCUUGAGGUGAUUAACCCAAAGGUGAGGUUGGACCCACACUGCAGGCUGUACAGCAUGCGAACAAUUCAUAUUAACAUAGAACCAAAACAUCAAGCCAGUCUUUUACUACGACCAGAUCUUUUCAGGAGAUGAAUGCUAUGUCGUAUCAUUUGGUAGAAAGAAUAAUCAUCACAAUGAAAGCAAAAUUACAACGCAAGACCAAGGCAGUGUCUAGACAGAGACAGACAGAUAGUUGCAGCAGUACUCUUUUGUGAAAUGGUGAAUGUUGCGUCUAAGAAUGAGUUUUGACAACCUCAACUGUGUGCUUUCCUCUAAAACUGUAUAUAGACCUCAACAUUUAGUUAGACUUUGGGAAGUAUUCCCAAACCAUGAAAAGUUACAUAAAAGGCUGAUCGAUAAUAUUGACUAACAGGAAAAUUAAAAUUUGUCCGCAAUAACAGGAUUUUGCAAAUAAAGAUGAGAAAAAAAAGCAGCAGAGCCAGAAAGAAAUACUUCUUAUGGUUGUUUGAAGCCCUUUGCAGGUUUGGAGCACUUUAUGCUGACAAUUACACUAUACAAACAUAUGAGGUAUAUAUCAGGUGAAAUUGAAUCUCUUUGUGAUGAAAGUUACGCUCUGGUGGCUUAAAGGGAGCAAAUAAAAGAUGAAAAGUCUGCCUCAGCAGGUUCUAAUAUGUAAUUCUAGAACCAUAUCUCUACACAUAUGUUUCAAGUGUUUCAUUAACGGGCUAGUACCUGCCUUACUCAAGGAUAAUAAGUCACUAUAGUGGAUCUUACAAAAGGCCUGUCCGGGUGUCAGCUAGUGAGUGGCGAGUGGGAGCUUAAUGGACGGAUAAGCUGAUGAGAUAGGGUCUUCAUUCAUCCUUAAGAGCUCUUGAAGAACAUCUAGCAUAUAUAUGUCCUCAUAACAGUCUUAACAGUCUUCUUCCUUUCCUCCUCCUUAGUGCACAUCAUUGUGCUGUAAGCAGUGCCAGGACACAGAAAUCACCACAAAAAAUGAAAUCUUCAGGUGAGGAUUUUUUUUCUCUUUCUUUUGAAGAUGUGUUUUUCUGUUUUGUGUUGUUUUCUUUUCUCACUGCAUCAUUUAUUCACAUGGCAGUAUCAAUAAGUAGCUCAUAAUGCACAGGGCCUUUUACUUCAGGCCCCUUCACAUCCAUGGCUGCUCACUUGCGUUUACUGAGCCAUUAUUAGCCAAGGGUCUUAGAUACUCAGUCCAAUUUUAGUGCCCCUGAUUUUUAACACAAGUUUAAUACAAACAGGACUAGACUUGGCGUUAGUUUAUGUCAUUCAUCACUCUAAGUAUUACACUUGAAGCUUGUUGUUUGACUUAAAGCUGAAACAAGUCUUUGAGUUCGUCUGUUUUCUGUAAUCAGGGGAACGAGCAGCUAUUUUACAUCACAAGGAACCGAUUUUGACAAGAGCUAAAAACUCUGAGCUGUAUCGAUUUUCUCCCUCUGAUAUUAAUCAGCAAAGAACUUUUGUAAGAUCCUGAGCUGAGACGAUUUACUUUUACCUUUUCUUGUUCUUUGUUUGAACUGUGAGGAUUAAGAAAAACACAUUAAGACGGUUUUACAAUGGUGCUCCGCCAACAAAAAGACAUGCACGACAAUCAUGGCUAUAAUUUUACUCACCGCCAAAUCAAUACUGACUUUCCUCUCCUCUCUUUAUUGCACUUCUAAAGUCAGAGUGAACACACACACUUGAGCAGACUGUUACAUAAUAUAAUUUUCUCGCUGAUGAUGUCUGAAGGUUCAUGCGUUGGUCUAGGAGGGACACACAAAACCCCUGACACCACUGAAGGUGUCCAGACCUUCACAUUGUGUGUUCAGAGGAAAAUUGCGUAACCUGUUUAAUCUGAAGACAUCCAGAUGAAGUGUCAGAAAGUGAAUGUGUUUUUGACACAAUUUGGAGUUCAAAGCACACUUGAGGAGAGGCAAAUAGGUGCCAGAAAAGUAACAUUGUGGGUCAUCACUCAAAAACAAUGAUAUGUGUCUCAGCCAUAGACUGUAUAUACUAUGGACAACUUGGUUCUGCCUUCUGCCAGUAUAUGGAUUUGAAGCCAAAAAGCUCUUGGUAUUUUCUGGGUUUUCCGGGUUUCCAACAUUGCACAGUAGCGUUGUACGCACUCCACCACUUGUGGAGUAGCAUUGUACGUAUUCGGUGGAAGAGUCGCCGAGUCGCUGUGAUGACGCUCUGCUCAAACAGCGUAUCCCCUGGGUGAGCUGCUCAAUCCUCGCACGCCAAUAGGCUGUAUCAUGUGUCAAUAAUAGAAAACAUGAACCCCCUAAAAACUUUUAAAAAUGGAGCUGCACAGAAAAAAGAGGGCUGGAGCACAAAUCAGUCUUAUAGUAACUACAUGUCAACAUCCCAACCAGGGGGGGAACAAAAUUAUAUUCUGUGUAAUAAAUUUCUAAAGUUUGUCCACAGCUCCAUAGGGAUUGCUGGAAGAGGCGGGAUUUAUGACCUAUACUGCAGCCUGUCACCAGAGGGUGCUGUUCUCGGGGUGGCUUCACCCAGCGAGGAGGCAGACGGCAUCCAUUCUAUAUAUAGUCUAUGGGUUUAACCAAUCGAGUACCUUGUUGAACUUUGAAUAUAAUUAAUUAAUCUAUAUUUAGUAUGGAUGAAUAUUGGUCAUAGCAUCUUUUACUUACUUUUCCACUCUGAAUUAUCAGUUUCAAUAUUUCAGUGUCCUCAUCCAAACCCCACAAAACUUACAAAGACGAUGUCUUUAGAAAAACUCCUGCAUCACAAGAAUGAAAAGAGUCUGAUUUAAACAGUUGUUAAAUCACUGCCAGGGUCACAGAGGCUGCAGAAUUUAAAACUAUAAUUUAAAGGCUUUUUUUCCCCCCGCCGGUCUCUAAUCAGUGUGUUAUAUUCUUUCAUACGAAGGAACAUUUAGAUCAUUUGUGUUGACUGAUGACAGUUUAUCUAAGUGCUGAUGACAUAUUCUACCUGCCUCUCGUCUGCCUGCAGCCUUUCUCUGUACGGGCCCAUGGCUGCAUACGUGAACCCUCAUGGUUAUGUCCAUGAAACCCUGACUGUCUACAAAGCCAACAACCUCAACCUGGUCGGCAGGCCAUCCACACUGCAUAGCUGGUUUCCAGGGUAACUGUUCAACUCAUGCCACUUAUCCUACUCUUACCUAUCAGACUGUUAUGUUAUAUAACCCAGGAAGUAACACAUAUAUACACUCACCGGCCACUUUAUUGGGUACACCUGUCCAACUGCUCGUUAACACUUAAUUUCUAAUCAGCCAAUCACAUGGCGGCAACUUAGUGCAUUUAGGCAUGUAGACAUGGUCAAGACAAUCUCCUGCAGUUCAAACCGAGCAUCAGUAUGGGGAAGAAAGGUGAUUUGAGUGACUUUGAACGUGGCAUGGUUGUUGGUGCCAGAAGGGCUGGUCUGAGUAUUUCAGAAACUGCUGAUCUACUGGGAUUUUCACGCACAACCAUCUCUAGGGUUUACAGAGAAUGGUCCGAAAAAGAAAAAAUAUCCAGUGAGCGGCAGUUCUGUGGGCGGAAAUGCCUUGUUGAUGCCAGAGGUCAGAGGAGAAUGGCCAGACUGGUUCGAGCUGAUAGAAAGGCAACAGUGACUCAUAUAACCACCCGUUACAACCAAGGUAGGCAGAAGAGCAUCUCUGAACGCACAGUACGUUGAACUUUGAGGCAGAUGGGCUACAGCAGCAGAAGACCACGCCGGGUGCCACUCCUUUCAGCUAAGAACAGGAAACUGAGGCUACAAUUUGCACAAGCUCAUCGAAAUUGGACAAUAGAAGAUUGGAAAAACGUUGCCUGGUCUGAUGAGUCUCGAUUUCUGCUGCGACAUUCGGAUGGUAGGGUCAGAAUUUGGCGUCAACAACAUGAAAGCAUGGAUCCAUCCUGCCUUGUAUCAACGGUUCAGGCUGGUGGUGGUGGUGUCAUGGUGUGGGGAAUAUUUUCUUGGCACUCUUUGGGCCCCUUGGUACCAAUUGAGCAUCGUUGCAACGCCACAGCCUACCUGAGUAUUGUUGCUGACCAUGUCCAUCCCUUUAUGACCACAAUGUACUCAACUUCUGAUGGCUACUCUCAGCAGGAUAAUGCGCCAUGUCAUAAAGCUGGAAUCAUCUCAGACUGGUUUCUUGAACAUGACAAUGAGUUCACUGUACUCAAAUGGCCUCCACAGUCACCAGAUCUCAAUUCAAUAGAGCAUCUUUGGGAUGUGGUGGAACGGGAGAUUCGCAUCAUGGAUGUGCAGCCGACAAAUCUGCGGCAACUGUGUGAUGCCAUCAUGUCAAUAUGGACCAAGCUCUCUGAGGAAUGCUUCCAGCACCUUGUUGAAUCUAUGCCACGAAGAAUUGAGGUAGUUCUGAAGGCAAAAGGGGGUCCAACCCGUUACUAGCAUGGUGUACCUAAUAAAGUGGCCGGUGAGUGUAUAUUGAAUAUAGAUUUUUUCAGACCCCUCACUGUGCUUUUCAUAAAUGCAGCAUUAUAUGUAAGACCUAAUUGAGUCACUGAUGCUGACAUCUUGAACAUAAAUAGGCUGUUACACUGCCCUCUCUUGCUGUUAAUCAUUCUGAUGCUGUCCAAGACUUGAAGUCUGCCCUCAAAAUAAGGGCAAUUAGGACUUUGGUCCAGUCUUGGUUGUUAGUCAAGUAUCAAAGGAGGGAAACGUCAAAUUAUUUAAAACAGGCAGAAGCAGGUGCUUUAGUAUUUUGCCACUGCAUCUGAUUAGGGAAGCUUAGAAGUAGCUGAAAAAUGAUUAAAAAAUAAUAUAUUAUUGCAGACCCAUAGGUUCUUAUAAGCUUAGUAAAAAGCGUAUAAAACAGAAAAUACAUAAACACCAGUCAUGCUGUGAAAUCAUAUCACAGUUGUUAAAAGUGAGAUACAUGGUCUUCUGGUUUUCAGAAGUAAGAGCUUCUGGUGGAAAAAAGAAGUGCCAGAAUGAGUUGUGAGUUUUGGGUGAUAUUAAUAUUUGAAAUAGUCGCCUUGACAAAUAUUCCAUUCAAAUAUUUUGCUUCAAUAAUUAAAUAUACAUUGCCUGAAGGUUUGAAUAGCAAAUCAGGAAAGUUUGACACUUUCUUUUCCAUGAGGAAGAAGUUGAAUUUGGCAGUAAGUCAGGGUGUUAGAAGAAGACGUUUUUCCUUAUUUGUCACCAUGAUAAUUCACUCAGUGUAAGAGCUGGCUGCUUAGAUUUUCUUUUGUCUUAGACAUUUCGGCUGAAAGUUACAGAAUUAUAAACACAGAGUCAGUUACACCUGACUGUAAAAGUUAUUAAUGCCUUUUUUAACAAUAAACCCUAACUCUUCUUCAUUCACACUUUUUGAAAAUUCAUCAAUACAUCAGUUUAAAAAAAAAAAAAAAGAACAACAUUGUUUUGCUCAUGAAGUAUUUUGUGUACCUUUUGGUGCCAGCGAGAGCAGUCUCGAUCUGGCCACAGACAUUGUGGUUCUGAGCAGUAAAAACACUGUCAUACCUUUAAUCUGACCAGACUAUGAACUGAACUGUGAGUUUAAACUAAACAGCUUCUGCAGCCAGGAACAUUUGCACGCUUGGAUACAGAUGAGUGAAUCAACAGUUGCUAGCAGAGUUGAUAGAGCUCUGACCUCAGUGAGCAGCAAAGUACACUGCCAGAUUAUGUUCACUGUCUCUCUUUUGCUAAUGUUUCAUGUUUAACCAAUGAGUGUAGUGUUUUUUUGUUUGUUUGUUUCACAUGGUGUGGCGAUGCAUUCCUGUUUUUUUUUCUCCUUUUGGAAGGCACAGAAAAGUUAUCCACCAAUCCUAACGAGAGAAACCUAAUGAAAGGUCAGAUCAGGCUCUUGAAUUCACAGCAGAUACAAUGAACUCAGACGACCUUGGAAAACAGCAAAACUUCAUGUAGAAUCUUCCCAAACCACUCCUUCAAUAUAAUAAAACCACCCCAUAUGUUUAGCAUGUUACAAACACAAAAACAGAAUCACAUUUCAGCCAUAUGUAUCUGCACAAGAAAGAGCGUUUCUGUGUGUUCACCUCAAAAAAUGUGCAUUAGAGUAAGAUUACAUGACAUUAAUAUAUGGAACUAAUUAUUUUGUGUAACCCUUAGAUUUACAUCCUUUCUUAACGCUCAGUGGCUAAAAACAGCCACUGACAUUGACUGCUGUAAAAACAUGUUGGAUUGAUAUUUUUUCCAGAUUUUUUUCAUACAUCUCUUAAUUAACUUCUGCUCUAUUCAAAACUAGUAAAUGUUUCAUUAAGAAUCCAAAUUUUAACCCUUUAAGGACCCAUUUAAAACAUAAAGUCACUAAUAUUGGGAAAGAAAUGGGAAACAUGUCUGAUUUUUAUUAGAUUCAUUUUCUACCAUAUCAGUGACAUUAUGUUUUGAAUGGACCUUCAAAGGGUUAAAAAAUGUUUUUAGAUGAAACAUUUACUAGUUUUGAUCAAAGCAGAAGUUAAGAGACAAAAAAAAUUGGAAAAAAAUAUUAACCCAAUAUGUUUUUACAGCAGUCAAAGUUAGUGGCUGUUUUUAGUACCUGAGCGUUAACAACAGAUGAAAAUUUGCCCAGCGGGUAUUUUUGACCUGGUGAAAAUUUUGAAGUCAUAUUCUCAAAGUGUCCAUCAAUAUAAGCAUCUGCACAAAAAAUCAUCCCAUUUGCUGCAGUAAAAAAAAAGUAACGUGGAAAUUAGUGGCUAAAUUUUGCCCCUAGUGGCUGAUUUUAGCCACAGCGUUACACAAGGGUUAAAAGUGCGGUAGGCAGCAAUCCAUUGAAGACGCAUGUUUUUUUUUUGGUGUAUAUAUAAAAAAGCUUUUGAUAUCAGUCAAUAGCUAUUAGUCAUUGAUGACAUUUGGUAAUAUAACGAUAUCGCUGUGUAUAGUUAUGUCUGUGUUGUCAACACUACAUUUUUUGAAUGGUCCGCUCUUACUGACUGUAAACAAAGCCAUUCUCCGCCUCCCCCAACCUGAUUGGUUGUGAGGCAGACGCUGCACCUUUGUGUUGUGAGGCACGCCCCACAUCCUUGAAUAACGUUCACGUCACAAGCCUAAACAAAGUUAGCGUGCUACAAUAUCGGACAGUAGAAACCAACCUGAAAGUACGGAAAAAUGUCUGAAUCCUCCUUUGGCCAUGACUACCGACACAAGCGAGAACGCACAGUAAAUACUGGAGACUCUGGCGGAAUAACGGGCGCUAAAAAAGGAGGUAGACCAGACAAGCGCUAAAAAGCCGGGUCAACAUCAAUGAAGCAUUAAUGCUUUGGGGACACUUUAGGAUCUUACGGACCCUGUAACCUUUCUGCUGGACAGGUAAACCGCUUUAACAAAGUAAGCCAAGUGUCUGUAACAGAAGUGUUUCUUGUCAAGCUGGACCGCUGCUGGACCUGUUGUAGUGCCACUAAACUGUUUACCUCAGGUCCUGGACUAUGUCACUUUAUCCUAGUUGUGGAGGUCCUGCUAACAUUGUGUUUGCUGGUAGUCUGUUGGCAUCUACAGUAGCAACAAUGCUUUUUACUUUCAUGUUGACUGGGCCCCAUUUGUAAUUAUCUGAAGUAUUUAUCUGCAGUAUAUCUGGAUUUAAUUGGAACGAUACGAGCGAGCAGGAGCGUCCGUUUGUGGGCGGGGCUUGUUGGAGCAGAGAUGAAGGGGAGAGGAGAAGCUGAUGGGAAAACUGGUUGGGAGGGGUAGAGUUUACAUUCAAGAUUCCUCUCAAAAACUGUCACGUCCUCAGAUCCUGCCUACCCCACCUUUAACCAUUUCAUGGGACAAACUGUCAGAUCAUCAUUGUCUUCUGACAUAUUCCAAUCAUGUUGUCGUCUUUCUCUGCUCUCAGGUACGCCUGGACAAUCGCUCAGUGCCGAACCUGCGGGUCUCACAUGGGUUGGAAGUUUACUGCCACAAAGAAGGACUUGUCUCCGCCCCGUUUCUGGGGUUUGACCCGUUCAGCCAUGCUGCCCCGUAUCCCCCAGAGCGAGGGGGAGGAGGGAAGAGGUGGCUCCCGUCUCUUCUGCCUGUGAUGUUGGACUAUUUAUUCAAAACAGAAACCUGCAAACUCCAAAAAAAAAAAACCCCACCUGGAUCUUCAAACACUCGCUGGCUGUGAUUAUGAUUUAUAAUCAAUGCAUCCCACACUGCCUUGUAAUGUGGCAGUAGCAGAUCAAACUUGUCGUGGAUAGCUCAUUUAGCUUUUAGAUGAAGUGACUGGGGUGAACAGGGUGCAAGUGAUUGCAGUGCAGGGUUGGCAAUGAGACAGUGCAGUGCUUUCUGAUGAAGUGAGGAAGUCAUACAGAGUAGCAGAUUGAACAAGUAAUGUGGUAACAUCCCAGCAUGCUCCUCUAUCCAGCUGAUUACUUUCUGGCUGCAGACACGCAAAUGCAGAAGCUGUGCUCAGUGCAUAAUAUCCCUUCACCUUUUUUCCCCUGUAUGUUAACACGUGACUGCAAGCUGGUGAGGCAGAGAAAUCGCUGGAAAUCAGGCCGAGUGAGCCAAUAAAAUCGGUUCUGAAACAAUCCAAAUCAGACAAACUCCCUUAGCAUUCAUAUCUUUUGUUUCUCAGAUAUGUUUUCUGUUAUACCAGAACUUUCAGCUGCUGUAGUUGGAAACUGCUUCAACUAAAGUAAACUUGUGUGUAUGCGAGUGUGUGUGUGUGUGUGUAGCUCUGUCUCUGCCAGGACUAUUCUGGAGUCAAAUUGGAAGUAUUUGUGUCUGCGGACAGAUUGGUAACUAACUGCAUAUUGUCAUCCAUGUGUACCACUGUGCUUUGUGUGUCAGACUUGAUCUAAUCAGUAUUUCUUCCAUAUUCAAAAGGUGGCUUAUUGUCCAAUCAGAUAAUGUGCUCAGGAAACAAGCUUCAUCCCUGGUUGCACAUGUGAAAUUUAGAGAGAACUUGAUGCCUUAAUGGCAGUUAUUUAAAAAGUCUGGGCUAAUUAACGCAGAGAGCGAGACGAACAUUAACCCCUCUUCAUUGAGUUUGUUCUUGUUUGAUUAAAAAGAGAGUCUUAUAUCAAUGUCUUUGAUAAAUGACGGAUCACUGCACCCCAGACAUGAGUGAGAGAUUGUUAGGGAUAAAAGUGACAAAGCGAUUGGGCAUAAUCGUUAGUUUAUGCAGAUCUGUCUUGGUUUAUAGUCUCAGAGUUUUCAUCAUCUUACUGCUUGCUACUCUUUGCAAGUUGCUGGUUCACAUCAGUUUAAAUGUGACUGUACAUAAGAGGCAGUAAUAGCAUUUGUUCGGUAAUAUAACUAGUGUUUUACUGUCAAUACAGCCCAAGUUUAUUUCACAUAUCUCUAUGUCACAAAAAUCUGGUGGUAUGUUCUCUGAUUGAAUGUUUUUUUUUUUUUUAAGAUUAGUUGAUUUAUUCAAUCCCUGCAAACCUGAGGAGUAAGAUUUUCUCUUUUUAAAUUUAAUAUCUGUACAUAUUGAACAAAAAAAAGUAUACUUUGUCAGUCAGUGAUCUUUACGGGGUCUGGUAGAAUGCGGCUAGCAGUUUUCACCUGUUUCCAGUCUUUGUGCUAAGCUAGGCUAACCAGAUGUAGCUUUACAAUUAUAGUACUGAUAUAAGUGGUGUCUCAAAAUCUAUGACAUUAUUAAAGCAACAACCUGUACUGGACAGAAUGUCUCAAUCUGUCUUUCAAGGGCAAAGCCUUUCAAAUUAAAGAUUCUUACAUGUCA